AUGAGUAUAAAGAAUCCAUCGUCGAUGCUUACUAUUUCGAAUAAAGUUCGAGGAAUUACUGUUCUUACGGAGAAUGAGAAGAAAUUAUUCAGCAAAGAAAUCACAUUACCGAUUAUAAUUGUACCGCCGAAAAUUAUCAGUCGGUUAAUUGGAUGCAAAGAAAUAGCAAAUAGGACGGUAGAACGAUUUUGUAAUAAAAUUAAGCCUGUCAUUAGUAUGCCAAAAGAAAACGAAAAAGCGAUUGUAUUUAGUCCCGAAAAAAUGGACGACAACACAAGGAAUGUUAUUUUGAAAACUAUAAAAAACUUGACGGGAUUUACAGCCAGAUUUGAUUCUUACAAUGUGGCCUUGAAUUAUGGUGAUUGGCCUGUGAAAUCAUGUAUUACUGCAAUUUUACCGAAGGGACUCGAGUUCGGUGGUUUUUCUCAAAUCGGUCAUAUUAUCCACGUGAAUUUACGAGAGGAGUUACUUUCGUACAAAAAAGUUAUUGGGAAAAUACUUCUUGACAAAGUCACCAACUGUAAAACGGUUGUUAAUAAGUUGGAUGCAAUCGGCCAUAAAUAUCGUACAUUUGAACUUGAUUUGCUUGCUGGUGAAGAAAAUUACGAGACUGAGGUGCAUGAGGAAAAACUUCGUUAUCAAUUAGAUUUUAGUCAGGUGUUUUAUAACCCAAGAUUGAGCACCGAGCAUAAAAGAAUAGUGCGAAAAAUUGGCAAACAAUCAAUUUUUUACGAUUGUUGUGCUGGUAUCGGACCUUUCGUUUUACCGGUGAUAAGAAAUGGUGUUCAUCAUGUUUUAGCAAAUGAUCUAAAUCCGGAUUGUACUGAUUACCUCAAGCGAAACAUGAAGCUCAAUCAUUUAUCAUUCGAGCGGUUAAAAUUAUAUAACAUGGAUGCAUCCAUGUUUAUCAAGACUGUUCUCGUAGAUGACCUGAUAUGUGAAGCAGAAAAGUACAAUAUCUCUGAUUCUAAAAAUAAGACUCCUACUGAUGCACACGUUGUAAUGAACUUGCCAGGCAUGUCCUUACAGUUUCUUCCUUAUUUUCGGGGAUGUCUACAUGAUAAACCUAAUUUGCUAGGCACUACCCUUCCAUUUCCUUUCUACGUGCACUGCCAUUUUUUUGUGAAAGCACCGGAUGAUCUGGAAGAUAACUGGUACUUCGAUGAGGCUCAAAAUUUGAUACUCAGGAGUCUUGGUAUCUCGAAGUUGAAUUUCAUUGAAGUACAUCUUGUUCGAAGUGUUGCUGGGCGUAAGAAAAUGUUUUGUGUCACAUUUCAAUUUCCUGACGAAUUUCUGUUCUCUUUCGACGCUGAGGAACUAAAAAUUGAAGAAUUAGAAUCUCAGCUAAAGAAAAACAAUUUCGGUUGA